AUGUUGCUGAUUUGGAGUUUGUUGGCGACUGCCGCUUUGGCAAAUGUGAAUGAUUUGGUUGGAACAUGGACCACCAAAUCUCGUGAGGUUGUCACUGGUCCGGGAUUCUACGACCCUCUUAACGACAGGCUGCUGGAACCGAAUUUGACCGGUAUUUCAUAUUCAUUCGACAACAAUGGAUAUUAUGAACAAGCAUACUAUCGCGCGAUCUCGAAUCCGGCCGAACCAUCAUGCCCGCGAGGAAUUAUGCAGUGGCAACAUGGAUCUUAUUCUGUCUUCGGUAACGGAACUGUGAUCCUAACUCCAAUCGCCGUCGAUGGUCGUCAGCUAGUGUCCGAUCCCUGUCGCAAGGAGUCAGGCUACUACACAAGAUAUAACAAUACCGAGCAGUUCAAGGUACAUAUAUUCCCCACUCUUCAAUCUGCCCACCCUAACACCACCCAGGAAUUCUCAGUGGAAACCGACAAGUAUCAUGGCGUUGAACGCCUCAAACUGACCAGAGCUGAUGGCUCGGUCCUCCAUCCCAUGUUCCUCGCCUACCGUCCACCGAAAAUGCUUCCCACCACAACAUUGAAUCCCAUGCCUACGGGACACAAGCGAAAGCGAGACCUAUCAGCACACACUGGAUUCCAACUGAUCACUAGGGAAGAGCUGAUCAACCCAGAUCGAUGGUGGUGGUUGGGUGUUCUCAUGACAUCCAUUGGAGGAGUAGUUUUCUUCUACUCCUGA